UUUCAGGGAAUUUCCAAUUUCGUUAAGUAAAAAAUAUGUUGGAUGAAAGGGAAAUACCAAUUGAUAUACACAGUAGCAAGCUUUUAGACUGGUUGCUAAGUCGACGACACUGUAAUAGGGAUUGGCAAAAAAACGUAAUGGUUAUUCGUGAAAAGAUUAGUGCUGCAAUCCGGGAUAUGCCGGAAAAUGAGCAGAUCGUGAAAUUACUCCAGGAUUCCUAUAUUAAUUAUUUUCACUGUGUUCGAAUCGUCGAUAUCCUCAAAGAUACAGAGAAGGGUACGAAGAAUUUCUUGGGAUAUUAUUCGUCACAAAGGAUGAACGAUUGGAUGCAAAUUCAACAAAUGUAUGAGAAAGGGAACAUUCAUUUGGCAGAAGCAGCUCAAAUCUUUCAAAGGAUGGUUCAAUAUGAAAUCCCAGCUCUGAAAAAGCAAAUUUCGAAAUGUGACCAAACAAUCACCGAAUGUGUGAAAAAGGAAAAAGAGUACGCGAAGCAAAUGGUUGACAGCAAGAAACAAUAUGAAAAAGAAUUAUUGAGAAUAGGUAUUAAAGGUGUCCACUUAAGACGAGAAAUACUAUCGUUGUUGACUGAUUUACCAUCGUUUUUGGACGAAAUAGCGAAGUCUAUAUCGUCCUUGAAUGAACCGCUUCAAUAUUAUGAACGGUUUCAGGCAUAUCUGCAUCAGAAAGCGACACCGAAUGUUAUUUUGUUGCCAUUGUGUCAUUUAUUGAUGGAGAAGGGCGCAAAAGUUACAGUUUACGAGUGGAAGAAUGGUGCAAAACCAGCACGCAUUGAAUUGCCCUCUUUCGAUCUCUGGGUAAAUGAAAAGACGAAUAGCGCUGAAGAAAUAGAUUUUGGUGACCAUCUUAUUGUUCCUGAUGAUAAAAUUGAUUUUGGUGACAACGGAUUUCAAAUUGAAGUCGUUGGAGACGAAAAAGGUGAUAUUAAUGAUGGAAUAGCUCGAGGACUAGAUGCACUGACUGUACUUGAAAAUCCUCAGACCCGGAAUCUUAUUUACUUCGAAUUAAAAGAGUUGGAAAAAUUUUUGGUAAUGCGAAAAGAAGAUGAAACUGUAGAGAGUGUGUCCGAUAUUUACAUAUUAGGGUUAGAGGAACGACCUGCGGAGCUAAGAAAGAUUACUGCGGGAAAAAUUGGUGAAUGGUCGAUGCAUGUAAAGGAGAUUAUCAACAGAUUAACUGAUACUCAAAGAACUCAUUUAUUUCGAAUACAUUCCUCACCUCAAUAUGUUGAGAAGCUGGUGGAAAGUUUGGAGCAGAAACGUUCUUUAGAAGAACGUUACGAAAAAAUGAGAGACUUUAUGAUAGAGAAACAGAAGGAAAUGCGAAUCAACAUGCAGAAAACGCAUAAAACAUUGAGUGGAGUUGUUGAGGCUAGCAAAGUAUUGCAAAAGGAAAUUGAAAAAGAAAUCUCAAAGAUGUAUAAAGGAAGGAAAGUAAACAUUAUGGGUGGUAUAAAUGCUGGUUGAUAAUUUUUUGAUUUACUCUGUCUUAUCAGUAAUACUUACUGUGAUAUGCUGCUCGAUUAUGACCUAGUGAUCGAUUAGGACCUAUUAUGACCCAGUUGUAGAAUAGAAUUUUUCUAUUGCUUAGUUUUUAUUUGGGUGUUUAAAGUGUUUCUGGGUUGUUUUUUGAUGACCAAUCAAUUUAAUU